AUGGUAUUUUUUAGGGUUCGGCUUCGCGUAGACGAUCGAGAAAUAGCAUCUGGUACUCUUGGAGAUCAGGAAACAAUCGGAAGUGCUGAUUCACAGUUAUUCAUUGGCGGUUUCCCGGAUCGUGUGAAACCAUCCGCCAAUGAAAUGCCAAUCGCUGAGCCCCUUAUUGGAUGUGUUUCCAAUAUAUUCAUUGAUUACCGGCUUGUGCCGAUUAUUCCGGAAAUGCACAUUGCCACAAUCGGUAGCUGCCCGGCGGAACAGAUUUUUGCUUCGCAAACAUCAGAACAACGGGGAGAAGAUGAUGAAGCGCUGCAACUCGAUGAACAGAGCGCUUUUGAGCGAAAGGCGUCGAAACUUUCCCUGCAAAUAACCGAACCGACACUCGCAACCGAGAUGCAGCGUUUGUACGCGGAUGGUAAUGAGCUUAGUGAUAUGAUGUGA